GUCCUUGAAGAGGUUAAGGAUAUCUCAUUAAAUUUGUAAGCAAAUAUCAUAGCUCGAUGAGAUAAAGGAGAAGAAAGAAAACAAACUGGAUAGAGGAAGGGAGGGGAGAGUAGAGAGAAGUGUAAACGUUCAUCGAGAUCAUGCAGACGGAUCACUUUAAUCUAGAAUGCGGAGAAGAGUGUUACGUUGGAGCAUAGUUGAAAAGCGUUGACGUGACUAUUCUGAAACGAUAAUGAAAGAGACAGACAGGCAGACAGACAGACAGACAGAGAGAGAGAAAAAGAGAGAAAGAAAGAUAACUAGUUAGAUAUAGUAAAAUUCCAUAUCUGACAUUAUACAUAUAUUUUAUGAAUUUCACCGAAUUUCAUAUGAUAAGAAUUUGCAAAAUCGUAAUAUCUAAGUGGGAACAAGGGACGAAUUUUGUGAGCAAGAACAAAACGAAACAGAAAAGGAAAACUCGAAAUCGCUUAUAUUACUAGUCGAGUUUUCACUCGAGAAAGUAGAAGCGGUGCUGCAGUUAAAUCUCGGAGCAAAUUAGAAGAACGUAGACGAAAAAAAAAAACGAAGAAAAAAAGAAGAGAAAAGAGAAGAAAAGAGGAAAGAGAAAGAGAGAGAGAGAAACUACCAUCUCUAUCUGUCUCUCUCUCUCUCUCUCUCUCUCUUUCUCUUUCUUUCUCUUACACAGUACUUGCUAUUGUUAAUUGGCAGCGACUAGAACGAACGAGUAGAGAGCUUUUCUUUUCACUGGUAGAAACCAGUUGGUUGCUGCCCUUCCCCGCGUCUACUCCAAAACUCUACUACCAUUCCCACGGCUACUCUCAACCCUUUCCUGUCCCUCAUCGUCCUUUGUUUCCUGUCGUGGAACGUUCAUGCUUUUGUCGUAUCCGUUACUGCCAAUUAACGGGAAACGACGGCUAUCGAAGCGAGUAUGAACAAAGUUCUCACUCUAUCUAUCUCUCUCUCUCUCUCUCUCUCUCUCCCUUUAUCUCUCUUUCUAUCUAUCUAUCUAUCUUUCUCUUCAUGGAAUUCGAUUCCUUCGACACCGAGCGACACGUAGUCCUAUAAGGUCCUAUUAGGUCCUUUGAAUUUUCUGCCAUAGUUUCUCUUUAAAUGUCAUUCCGUCGAUUCUCUCUCUCUCUCUCUCUCUCUCUCUCUCUCUCUCUCUCUCUUUUUCUAGCGUUCACAGUCGAAUUUACAACGUUUAUUUUUGGUUAACAUGUUUCUUUCUUGGCUGAACGAUAAUCGAAAUACUUUCUGUGAUAUAUAUAUAUGUAUGUAUGUAUGUACGUACGUAAGUAUGUAUGUAUGUAUGCAUGUACGUAGAUACUUUCAGUUCUGACCAAUCGGAAUGCUAGAAAAGUUCUCAAAAGAGAAAGAACUCAAUUCAGCAUACAUACUGUUGCAGUUUCAUCUUGGAUAAACUAUUCCUCGAAAAGGUGAAGAUUUUUAACGAAAGAUGAAAAAGAUUAACGACGAUGUCGUACUGUGAAAUGAUUUUUAUCGGAAUGACCUGUUGAUGACGUUAUGGGGUGGUUCGUCCUCGCUUGUAUUUUAAUACUUUUCAUAUGCGCGACGGGAUUGCCGUUGCCACAGGGUGGUGGUGGGUUGGGUGCACAUGGACAGCCGCAGGCCGGUUUGUCGAGCACCCCAGGUCCCGGCGUAAUCGGUAUUGGUGGUGGUGCUGGUGGUGGGCUUGGAAUGGGCACGGUCGCCGGUGGUGCCGUCGUAGGGGUCAGUGGCAUAGGUGGAGGAGCAGGUGGUGGUGCAGUUAGGGGUAGUAGUAGUAGUGGUUCAGUUGGUAGUGGUUCAACAUUUGGAAGUUCAAGCUCCUCAGGAUCUGCUAUCGUCGUUGGAAGCGGUGUUGGUACUGGUAUAGGAAGUGGUGUUACCGGUGGAAGCAUCGGCGGUGGUGCCGGUGGUGGUGCAGCUGGUGGUGGAAGCGGGGGUUGGUCCACUGGACCGUCGCGUCGGGGCCAGGGGUGGCGCGUCUGGCGCCGCAACGACCCAACCCUUAUGAAUCUAUGGAAAUCUCAGGGUCCUUUAGGCUCUUUAGGAAACGCCAAGGGUUACAUCAUCCUCGCACUUUUGAUUGGCGUUAUCUCAAUGGUGAUCGGUUGCUGGUUAUCCGAUAACUGUUGGUCACCUGAACCAGAAGGGGUGGUCACCCUCGCAUAGCCUAGUGCCGAUUUUCGUUCGUCUAGGCGAUAACAACUACUACGACGCCUACCAUCCUAUACGAUUCUCAACGAAUCGAACGGUCAGCGUCCUUCGCAACGACAUCAACAACAACAACAACAACAAUUACAACAACUACAACUACAACAAUUGUUACAACAAUUACAACAACAACAACAACAACAACUAUUUCAACCUCAGCAAGCGGAAGAGCAACGUCGACAAAUUGAACGAUUAUUUCAGCAUCAAAGACGACCCUUGCUCGAUAUUAACGACAACGACACGCUUUUACGCGUAUGAUCGUCAUAGAUCAUAGAUCAUAGAUCAUAGAUCAUAGAUCAUAGAUCAUUGUCAAAAGUCAUUUUUAUUAAACUUCUCUUUUUCUCUUUCUUUUUCUCUUUCUCUCUCUCUCUCUCUC